AACGCGGUCAACAGCGUCAGCCAAUCGAAUUGCUCCCUGCAAAUAAGCCGGGCAACCGGUGCCGGUCGCCGUCCGUCAUUUGUUUCGCAGCUGAUUUGGAAAAACAAGCAAGCAAGAACCCCACCACCACACGCUUAGGAAGCAUUAUUUGAGGCUAAGGAGCGUCAUGAUGGAGCUGCUUCCCGAUGACCUGCUGCUCAAAGUAAUGCAGUACCUGGACGUCCCGGACCUCUUCGCCUGCCGGCUGGUGUGCAAGAGACUCGGCGCGCUGGCCUUCGAUCGAGACGCCUGGCGCCACCGGAAGCUCGAAACUUCGUUCCACGACGGCUUGUUCCCCUGGGUGGCUGGGCUGCAUGCCCCGCGCGCGCCCGCCAUGCCCUGCGUGUGCCCAGUGCUGCGCCUGGCGCCGUGUCUACGGGAGUUGGGGCUCGACCUUCCCCCACAACGCUGCCGCCUAGCCUACACGUCUACGAGGUGUGCCGUGGAAGAGUUGAGGCUCUCAAUCUGUAUGGGACACCGACCAGACAGCAGCUCUGGUGUCUCAAGUGCUUACCAGGCCGCAGCUGUGCUCUCCAGGCAAGAAUCUCUCGGCCGACUAAGGCGCCUGCGCUUUGACUUGAACCCUGGAACUGACGCCCCCGCGUUUAUUGCGACAAUGGCGUCAACACCCGGCUUGGAAGAACUCAGGGUUCUCGAAAUAUGCGCUCCAGAUUGGUCCAACCCUGUUAUGGGCUGCACCGUUUUAGAGUCGUCCCUGCGGCUCUUCCAGUACACUCUGUCCAACACUGUCUCGGAGCAGUUCGCGAACUUCAUACUGUCCGGUCACGCCGCAACCCUUGAGGUCGUUGACCUAGGAAAGUCGCCGUCUGAAGUGACCUUCAAAUCGACUGCGUCCUUGCUCGCCGGCGUGCUGAACCUGCGCGAGCUGACCUGCUGCACUAUGCCCGGGCUGGAGGUCCUGGCUGAUUGCGAGACGCUCAGGGUCCUUAAUCUCGUCGUGGGGACCAAACGUCAACACAAGUCUGCCGGGGCGUCGGCUGCGAAGCUUCUCCGGGGCGCCAAGCAUCUGCGCGAAGUUGAACUGCAAUACAAGCCCUUGGCUAGCAAGGAUUCUAACGUUGGCGUGGACCUCGUCAUGGCCCUAGCGCAGGGAAAGUCCUGUGGCCGCGUGGAGAAGCUAUCCAUUGUAAACACGCUCGAUGAAGAUGAGGAUGAUUAUGAUUUUGAUCUUGAUGGCGUCGAGAAGCCCCUACCCCAGCUGAAAGCACUGAUCUGUGCGCUUCCGUCAUUGUCAGGCAUGCGGCACCUGCGGAUAGUAGCGGACAUGAAUCCCGAGAAACUUCUGUCUGCCAUCAGUCCCGCCACUGCACCAAGUCUGGAGAUAGUUGAACUUCCCCUCCCUCGGCUAGCCUGCGCUCAUGCCUUCAUUCACGGGUCCGAGGUCAAGACCGUGUUGGCUGCGAAUCCUCUGCUUCAUAUUAAGUUAUGUAACCCAAUAUGCUACUGCAAGCAGAAAGAAUGUCAACCAUGCAAAACACCGAAGUGCCACAAGCAACUACGGGAUGUCGAAUAUGGCAGUACCCUUGUUCUCUUCUCACAUGAUCCCUCGGACAAAUGUUCACGGGCCCAUUCUCCCACUAAAUAUAACCUUUGGAUUCACAUUCCCUUAUAGAUCAUAUUCUAUGUAAUUGUAUUGUAUGUUGAUUAUAUUUACCUUAAAUGUAGAAAUGCCACGGGUUUAUGUCCUCUUUUCUUUGGAAUUGAAUUGUGUUAAAACUAUAUUUACCUUAAAAUGUUGAAAUGC